CUCCUGGCUCCACAGGCAGCAGGAACAGAUGUCGUCAUUGUCAAAAAUGGCCGAAGAAUAUGUGGCACAGGAGGUUGCUUAGCCAAUGCACCCUUGCAUCAGAACAAGAGUUAUUUUGAGUUUAAAAUCCAAUCCACAGGGAUUUGGGGUAUUGGAGUUGCAACCCAGAAAGCAAAUUUGAAUCAAAUUCCACUUGGUCGAGAUGUGCAUAGUUUAGUGAUGAGGAAUGAUGGAGCUCUCUAUCACAACAAUGAGGAGAAGAACAGGCUGCCUGCAAACAGCCUGCCACAGGAGGGUGACGUGGUGGGUAUUACAUAUGACCAUGUAGAACUAAAUGUAUAUUUAAAUGGAAAGAAUAUGCAUUGUCCAGCUUCAGGAAUCAGAGGGACUGUCUAUCCUGUAGUGUAUGUUGAUGACAGUGCCAUCUUGGAUUGUCAGUUCAGUGAAUUUUAUCACACUCCUCCAGCAGGGUUUGAAAAAAUACUCUUUGAGCAGCAAAUCUUCUGAAUGUCUUCAUACUGAAAACUUGCACCCCUACACUGUUACAAAGCCUUUGCCAUCUUAAGUAAAGCUUCACAUUACCUGUAGGAAACACAUCUGUAUUUUUAGCAAAGUACUCGUGACUGUUGUCUGAAGAACCAAAAUGUUAACUGCAGCACUUGAAAAAUGUUUUACAAAUGGUAGAUUUUUGACAACUGUUUUGUGAUGUGAAAAUCAGUGUUUUGGGGCAGUUUUUUUCUGAUUUGUAUUUGAUGUAAAUGGAAAUUAAAGGGUAUAAUUGACACAGUA